GAAGGGUUUCCAGCUCCCAAGGUAACCUGGGUCAGAGUGAUUAUGUCUUUUCCAGCUAACAGAACUGAGGUGAAGGCGGGUAACCUCACUAUCAGUAACCUACGUCGAGUAGACAGCGGUUUGUACCAAUGCAUAGCAACAAACAGCAUGGGAACAAAAAAGGCCACGAUGAACUUGAUUGUACAGCAAGGAGGUUUGUACGCCUAUUUUAUCAGUAACCCGGAAAAUCUUCCAACAUUGAUCAAAAUACUCAAAGUAUAUUUAGUUAAAGAUUCACACUACUUUGAUUAUAACAAUUGAAAAUUAUCUUGAGAGAGUGCAUCGAACGACUUCAGUUGUUGAUCUUUUUUAAAAGUAGUAAUGAAGCUUAUUUAGGCCUAGUUCCAUGAAUUACAAAUAAAGAUUGUAACCUUUUCUAUGCAGUUCUAUAUGAACGUUUCUACGGUUAAAUUAAAUUACGGUUAAAUUAUGUUUUUGCUAUUCAUAACUGUUUAAUCAAUAAAUCCUUAACUAAACUGUUUUGCAAUUCUAGAUUUUGAGUUGUCGUAUAUAAAUCACCCACUAUCGUUCUUGCUGAUUGUCCCCCGUUGAUGAAACCGUCUGUUAGGUUAUUGUAUUUAUUUUCAUCAUUUAGUAAGUAAAUGAGGGUAUUUACCCUGUUCUGUUCAUCUGUAUAUGUCUUUAUAACUGCCUUACGGUUUCUGGUUGUCGCGUUCUUGUUUCCAGCCUGCUAUUACAGUCCAUGCCUUAAUGAAGGAACCUGUCAUGAAGAAGGCGGAGGAAACUACAGCUGUGAAUGUAGAAGUGGCUGGACUGGAAAACGAUGUGAAGUUGUAAUUGGUAGGUACUUCCAUAAAAUAAUCUUUAUGGUCGUUUUGCUUCCACAGCAUCCACACAGUUCGCUUUAUUUAAUUAUUGAUUCCCACCGGCAUCGUUGUCUGGCUACAGGCUAUCGCUUAAAAUUCAGUUGGAUAAAAAAAAAGGGUGGACACGUUACAGAGUUCUUCUCCGUAAGCAGCCCAAACCCCUUUUAAAAAUUCACUGGAUGGUAUGAAAAUGGAAGUGAUUCUCGCAGAUGAAUAAACAACCUAAACGGUGGAACCCGGGCCUGACCGGACGCAACGCUCGUUAUAAUCCAGUAAGCUAAAUCAUGCAAGCCAACUGGAGAGCAGGCCAUUGUAGAUUCUUCAGUAAUAUACCCGCCCGAUGUAGGAAUACAUAACAUACAUACGUUACCUUUAUUUAUCCUCAGAUUUACACUAGCGGAAAUGUAUGAAAUGACUCAUAUUUUGAACUACGUCCGCUCAUCGCAAAGGUCAGGGUUCGAUCGAUAUUCCCAGUCAAGCCUUAAUUUUUUCAGUUUCUUUUUCAACCACUUACAAAAGGCUGUUGUCCUGCCUAGAUUAGCAUUAUAGCUAUUUGCAGCACGUAAAGUAUUGUAAACUAAAUAUUAUUUUCUUUAAUUAAACACAUUGUUGUUGUAAGUUUGUUUAUUCAACUGUGAGAAUCAUUUCCACUUUCAUAUUUUUAUCCGGAGUUCACCAUAUGAGUCAUUUCAUAUAUUUCCAUUCAUGUUAACUGGAUAGUACUGGCGAAAUGCUACCCCGGGCAAGAUUCCUUCUAAAAACGUCUAGUUUACGCUUAAAAUUGAUGGAAAGGAAUGGCACUUGCAAAUGACUUGUAAAUAAGUUUCUCCUUAAUUUGUGUAAACUGUAUAUUUUUACUGAAGUCUGCGAAAGAAUAGAAAAGUGUAUUUUUAUAGAGAUGUACGUUAUACUUGUCAAAGAUGAUUUGGAUUGUCUGAUAAAUCCGCUUUGCCUUUUCUGUAGCAUGUAAAGCUGUAGAGGUAACGGACCCAAAAAAGAUACCAGAUGCCAGAAUGACGGCAAGCACAGUUUACAGUUCGGGUUAUCAACCGUACUACGGAAGGAUCAAUACAAAAAGGGGAAGCCGAUGGUGUCCAACGAGCACUAGUGACAGGACAGACUAUCUUCAAGUUGAUAUGGGCGCGGUGCAUUCUGUUUGUGCAGUGGCCACGCAAACGUUAAACACUGGCGAGUAUGCCAAAACGUAUUACCUACGACUUUCAGUGAAUGGAUUAACCUGGAACACGUACGAGGAGAACAAGGCGAAAAAGGUAAACUAUAUGCGUAUAACUUAA